ACUCUGUUUCUCUGUCUCUACAGAAGCAUGAGUCAAUAGCUUCACGGGUUUACUUCCACUUGAUCAUUCUCCAGAUCCCUCUCUUCAGGGUUCCAUGUAGAUCAGGAAUGUGUAUGUCGCCCAUCCACAUGACGUCAUCUCAGUUGAUUUCUAGUGAGAUCUUUCCUGUUCCAAUGAUUAAGGCUCUACUAUACCCUGGUGCUAUCGUCAAUGGUCUUGCCACCAACAUGACGUUUCCAAAGUGGGAUAAUGUGUUGGAUCUUUACAAUCUCACCAAUGUCAAAGAUGCAUCUGCAGUCUCUGAUCUUCAGCGCCUAGAGGUUCUUGCAGGGACCUACUUUUCUGUAGCUGGGGCCUUUGUGGGUUUGCUAAAGCCCGGUAGUAUGGGGAUGUUUGGAUCGUUACUGCUAGUUUGGGGUCUUGUCAAAGAAGGGAUCUUAAAGAAGCUAAUGAAUACUGACCCGUCCAGCACCGUUUACGUGGACCCAACCAUGGUGAUUGCGAUGAUCUGCGCUCUCUAUAUGAUAAAUUAUAACUUGAAGAAAGCUACGAGGGCCGCUCCUACUCAUCCAAUUGCUAAGCCACUCAUGAGCUCUUCAAAAUCUAAGCUCAAUAGUCAGUAUCUUUCGAUAUCAAAGAACAUGAACACAGUUUUCAGAUACCCGAGUCCUGAGGAAUGGCUCUUCAACAGUUACUACAGUUAUCUGGACGCUUACAGCUUGCUACAACUCAACUCAGAUACAUAAAGCUGCUGGGAAUGAAACUCAAACAACAGUUCAUGAGCAAGAGAUUGAUGAAAGUGAAGAUGAUGAAGAACAUGUAGAAGAGCAUUUCGGAGAAUGAUAACGAUUCCAUUUCAUAUUCUUCGCAUUUUUGGCUUGUGAACUAAAUUGUUUCCAUCUAAAUCUUGCCUACGGUUUUACUGCAGAUGAUAACUUGAUGGAAGAGAUGUGAGCUAUAAUGAUGAAGAUAAGAGAAGAGAAAGAAGCGUUGACGCUUCUCACUAUUCUGUAUUUUUGACAGAGGAAACAAACCUAUUUUAUUUGCCCUCUCAUAUUAGACAUUGGAUUAAGUGUUACUUAUUAGUAUACCAAAGGCUUUGAAUA